AUGUCACAUUACAAAAUAUUAACGUUAACCUUGUUUAUUCUUGUACUUUUUAAACACGUUAAUAAUUUAGCUAUUCAACAAUCGAUAACCGCUGGUGAAAAAGUCUUAUUGAAAAGUUUAAAAAGUCAGCUUAAUGAUUUAAUUGCCACAUUUAAAAAGCAGCUGAUUGCUAAGUUUAUAUUAAUAGAUAAUACAACGAUUACACCAUUGUUAGCUACAUUUGCGGUAAUGAAAAAGAAUCUUAACGAUAUUCCGAAUUUACCGUCAUGUCUUGCGAAACAGGAACCAGUACUUAACAAAUCAGUUAAUACUAUAAUACAAAUGCGUACAACCGUUAAGACAAAACAAGUACAGCCUGAAUUAUUACAGCUAACAAAAGUUGCAAAUGGUAUAAUUAAUAAUAAGAUAAACAAAUUGUUACAGACUACUACUAAAGUAAAUGUUAACAGUUUGGUGAAUCAGACACGUAGUAUAAGAACGGAUAUUAACAACAUAUUACUACAAUCACUGAAAAUUAUCGGUCAAUUACGAAAUAUUGUGAACACAAACUUUGGUUUCAUAUUCAACAUGUUUAGUGUUAUGGUAACUUGUAUUUUACAUGCUAAUAAUAAUAAAUUACAAAUUUACAAUACAUUUUUAACAUCCACUGAAAAAGGAAAUGGUCUUACAUCAAGUCUCGAUGGUCAACUUAGUUCAUUAUUGGGAGAUUUACAAGAUUAUUCAAUUACUUUUGGAAGAGUAUCUCUUGAAACAAUCGACGAUAUACUGUAUAAAAUUACUCUUCAACUGAUUUAA